UUGCAAAAUUCUAUUCUGCAUCAAUUCAGUUUUACACUUAAUUAUUUAUAACUCCAAGUUUGGCGACUUUUCAGUAAGUCGCUAAAUCAUUCACACACAUCAUUGAUGGAGUGAUGAAUAUUCGUUUCAUUUGACAAUUUAACAAGCGAUGAUUUGUAGUUGGCGCGUGAAGUUUGUCGCUGUCUUCCUACUGUACAAUUCUCCUCCAGUUAAAAGUGGUAUGUCUGUGGUCAGAGCUUUAUUUUAAAAACACCUAGAAGACUAUUUUUUCUUAAUUCAGAAUAAUUUUAGAAGGGAAGAUCAGCCUUUAAACGUGUUACUAUAAGAAUUGUUGUACAUUUGCCGUGUGCCUCACUUUGUAACUGCAAUAGGUUAGUGUUAAAUAUUCAAAUUUUGCACCUAAUAUAAGUAGCAAAGAAAUUUUUUUCCAGCCUUUGAUGUGGUCAUAACAGGCGUUGUGCAAAAUUCUGCUAAACUACAACAACAAAUAACUUGAUUCCACUUUCAGAUGUCACGUGCAAAAGUGAUCGUCCUCAGCAAGUUGUCUUUAGCAAACGAAUAGAGAACUAUGUCUUGGCAGGCCCUAUUGUCAUGACCAAACUUGUCUCAAGCGAUAAAGAAUGUCAAAUGGCUUGUAUCCUUAGCAUGAAGUGUGACACCUUCAAUUUGGGCCCUCGUGAUGAAUCGUUCCGUUACAUCUGUCAGAUCUUGAGGUUUGGUGUUCUAAAGUAUAGUCUUAAGCGCAAGAAGGGGUGGAGCUUCAGAGCAAGAAAGUGCCUUUCCUCUCCCUGCGAGAACGCUGGCAUCUGCUACUCUAUUGAUGUAGGUAGCACUUCGAGAUGCGCUUGCCCAGACGGCUGGAAAGGAAAGACAUGCGCUGAACUGAAUACUUGUAAGGCUGGCUGGGCACCGUACAAACUUUCUUGUUAUAAAGUUUUCCGCACAAAAGAAAACUUUUACCAGGCUAAUUCGAGCUGCAUCAGUGUAGGAGCUGGAUUAGUUUCUGUUGAAGACUUCGCCGAGCGUUAUUUCCUAGAUACCAUUCUAGAGGACGGUGAAAAAGUGUUCGUGGGAAUGACAGACAUUGCAGAGGAGGGGCGAUGGGUGUGGAUGGAUGGAAGCGUUCCCAGGCUGGACCCGCUGUGGCAUGGUAAGCAUCCAGAUGGCGGUGAGAGGGAAAACUGUGGAGAGUACGUGGAAAACCAUGGCUUCCAUGACAUUGAGUGCGGUGAAAGCAGGCCUUAUGUCUGCAAAUACUCCUUACACGACAUGUGAAACUUUCUACUGUGUUGUUUGAUUUUACAUUAUAUAAAAAUAUUGUUACAUGGUUCACCUUAAUUUUCAUCUUAAGUACACAGCAUUGAAAGUAUCUUUUUUUUGUUUCGGAAGCAAACGUCGACACAAAAUCUUGACUUGUUAUUAAAAGUAAACGAAUUGGAUUUUCCCGCGCGGUUUGUAAUUGUACAAUUCAUUUCAGGACAUGAGCAAAGUGUAGACUGGGAGUCAAACCCUUCACAAAUACCUUAAUAUUAAACCACCACCCGCCCUUAUCUUAUAAACACCCCCUCCCUGUAGCUAAAGCGAAGCAAGGAAUCCCGGCUCUCUAAAUUUUGCCUUUGGGCAUUUUCUUCUCGGAGAACUUUGGUUGUAUGCAGCUUAUAAUAGCCUUGGUUGCUUACAACAUAGCACUUUUCACUUGACUGUCAAAAGUAAUUUACGUUUGCUUUGGUUCGGCAUAACUUAACUACGCGCUUGGCUUGAAAACAUUGUGCUGCUUUGUAGCCCAAUCAGAACUAAAAUCAAAAGCAAUCGUGACUGGCUGGCAUGCGUAUUCCCUCGCUUCGCGUAAGCUACAUGUAUUCUCUUUAAGUUUUGAUUAUUUCACUGAUUUGUUUGCGUCCUUUGUAACUGGACAGAAUGAGUUAUUUUCAUGAAUAAUUUCCACAAGAAUUAAAACAGUUUCCCAAACUCCUGUCGUGUUUUAACAGACAGGUAUGCUGAUUUAAUAUUUAAGCACCUUUGUUGAGAAAACAAAAUAAACUAAUCAUU